GACGGGAGGGCUGUAGCGGAGGAGCAGGGGUGUGAGGGGGCGCAGGCGGCGUAUGGGGGGGAAGGGGCUGUAGGGGUACAGGAGGGGGUCACAGUGGAACCCAGCGCUGAGGCUGGAGCUCAGGAGACCUUUGAACUUUUACCCUCCCCCUCACCCCCUUCCCUGGCUAACGGUCUUCACCUGCACAGGAGGCCUGUCCUUGGAACACGCAGACGGAGGCAGACAGAGACACAUACACACACCGACACACACACCGAUGCUCCAACACACACACCUGGACAGACAGUCAUAGGCAUGCAGACACACAAGGACGUCCAAAUGCACACACCUGCAAAGACGUGCACGUACGCUCACACACACACAGGCGCUUACACACACAUGGAUGCUCACACACACUCGGACUCUGCCGGUCCAGAGCAGCCCAGAACUGAUUCAUCACCAGAGACUCACACCAGAUCACCUCAGCGACAGGCCCUCCUGCCUGUCAAUCAUUCAGCCUGCACCAAUCAGCAAGCUGCUUUCUCUCCCUGCAGCCCCCCUCCUCCACACUCUGCAAACAGAGACACGCCCCCAGCCAUUAGCCCUGCCCCUAUUAUUAGUUCAACACCUCUUGAUCUCUCUAAACCCUCAAAAGCUAUUGGUCCAAAUCUUCCAGGCCAUUCUCCUAUUGGUCCACCCUGUCCAGACCUUUCUACUAUUGGUCCAGACCCUGUAGAUCGUUCCCCUGUACCUGUUGAGGGUGAGAGAAAGUAUGCGCUUCGUAGCUCUGGUCGACCUCGCUUCCCCUGCCAGCUACGCAAGUCUUCCCGCAUCCGCCGAUCCACCGAGGAUGGAGAGAGAAGGGGAGGGAGGGAGAGCGAGAGGGAGGAGAGGGAGGAGGAAGAGGAAGAGGAGAAAGAGAGCGUGAGUAUACAAGUGAAGGUAGAGCGCCCCACAGUGGAGGAAUGUCUACCUGCAGCCUCCAAGCCUGCAGCCUCCAAGCCUGCAUACUCACCUGUACCAGUACCCGUAGCACCACGCCCCUCACCACACCCCUCACCACGCCCCUCCUCUCACUCCGCCCCCCGGCCAUCGCCCAAACCCCAACAUAGAACUUCAACCAAAUCCCAACCCAAACCUUCAACCAAUGCCAAACCAAAAUCCCAACCCAGACCAUCGAUGAAAGCCUCACCCAAACCUUUGCCCAGAUCAGCAACCAAUCCCAGACCAGCAACCAAUCCCUCGCCUCGUCCAUUGACCAAUACCGUGCCCCGGCCGGCAGUGAAGAAGGAGGAGCCUGGUGAUCUAGAUCCCCCCACCAAACGGAAACGCCGGUUCGUUGGUGUGAGGCGUAUCGUGGUGAAGGUAGCUCGUAUCCCAGUCAACCUCAGCCGACGCCAGAAGAGCUACAAGAUUUCCUCCAUGGAGACAGUUGAGAAGGGCGGGGCAGGUGGCGAGGGCAGGUUGGAGGGAGCCGAGAGGGGGACAGCGGUAGUCCGAGAGCCGACUGCGCUCCUCCGUAUGAAGAACAACGGGAAGAGCGUGAUGGUCAUGUUCCCGCCUGGAGAACUCCCGGUGAUCCUGAAACGUCGCCGCGGCCGACCUCCCAAACAGGUUGUACCUGGAACGCCGGAUAAAACCACCGGUGGGAAUGGCGAGCCCAAGAAACCUCGUCGGCGCCGGCGGGCCAAGCUCCCGUCUCCGCAACCGUCGUACGUGAACGACACCAACGACGUGAAGACGGAGUACGGAGACGUUCUGUCCAAACUGGCAUUCCUCAACCGCCAACCGCCGGCCACUGGCCGCUGCUCCCCACCACGCUGCUGGACACCCAGCGAACCGGACAGCUUUCACAUGCCGUCCGACAAUCCUGGGAUCUCCGCCCUGCUCCACCGACUCACAGGGUUCAGACGCAGGGGAGGCAGGGGGGGAGCCAUUGGGGGCAGGGGAGGAGGAGCAGGGGGAGGAGCAGGUGGAGCCGGGGGAGAGUGUUUCAAGAGCUCCUUCAGCGACUUUUUUGAGAUGAUCGGGAAGAAAAGGAAAGCGACCCCCGCUCUGUCAGAACCAGGGUUACUCAAGAAACGAGGGAAGGGUGGGGGAGGCAGGGGAGGAGGGGCUGCAGGGGGGGAGAUGGGGGUUGGGGGUGAGGGGGGGAAGCCGGUGAGGAAACGACGCUCGCGCAAGAACGGGGUUCUGAAGGGGGAGGCAGGGGGGCAGCUAGAGCAAGACUGGUCUAAUGGGGGAGUUGUCUGGGGGGAAGAGGGGGGAAGCAUGAGGGAGAGAGGGCCAGGAGGGUACCAGGUCUGUGGCUCCCCGAGAGGGGGCUUCCCGUCCUGUGACGGGGGGAGAGGAAGUGCGUACGGCAGCCCUGGGGGCAGCAGAGGAGGUGGAGGUGGAGAGGAGCCACAGGGUUUGUUUGCUGGAUAUUUCCGCUCCCUGCUGGACUCUGACAACUCCUCAGACCUCCUGGACAUCUCCUCCAAUCGCCCCGACCCCAGGAAACCUCUUCACACCCCGGGCUACGACUCCUCCAGCCCUGCCCACGGCCCAGCCCCUCGCUGGUCCACAGCCUUCCCCAAACGCAGCUCCAAAGGCGAGCCAAGGGAGAACCCAACCCAACAUCAUCCCUCUUCCUCCUCUUCUUCCAGACCUCCUUACAGUUAUAACCUGUCCCAGAACUCCCCUACCACCUCCUCCUUCCCCAAGUCCACCCCUCCCUCCCUCCCUCUGUCCCGAUCUCCCAGCUCCCCCCAUCCCUCCUCCUCCUACGGUCAGUACCCGUCCAGCUAUUCCUCCUCCUCUCCUGCGGGGGGCAGCACAGCGCCACAAAGACCCGCAGACUGCAGCUUCGCAGCCUACGGGGCAGCAGGGCUGAGUAAGGCCUCCACGGCCACCACCGUAGGCCAGGGUCAGAUGGGAUAUUCCAGUUUUUCCAAGCGGGGCUAUGGGGGCUACCCUGGGCAUGUUGGACCAUCUUCUCCAGGGAGAGGGGGUUAUAUGGCCAUGGCCAAGAACAGCCCCUUCCCCUCCUCAUCAUCUCCAGAGGGAUACAGACACUACCCCUCCAACCAGUGGAACUACAGGCAGGGCUAUGGUGGCUGGGCGGCGGACAGUCUGGGUCAUCUUUACCCAGGAAGCUACAGUGACUAUGUCACCCCAGGCCCCAGCGAGCCCAAAGACAUCCUGGACAUCUCAAACUACACCCCCCAGAAGGCCAAGCGACAACCCUUCCUCGAGAGCCUAUCAGAGUCCUCCUCUGACUCCUCCCACCUAGGGGUCACCGGGUCAGGAGGCGGGGUCAGUGGCGGAGGCUCGGGGUCAGGCUCCGGAGGCGGGGCUUACAGGCAGGGUGGAGGGAGGGAGUCUCUUCCUAUUGAUGGAGAGGGUAGGUCAAGGCCAGUCCAGCCUAUCAAGUCUGGAGAAGCUGAUGAUGGACUGGCAUGAGAGCGCCUCAGGCCCCUCCUACAACUGGAGCCAGAACGUUCUCUUCCAGGGGCAGGGGAAGCACAGCCGGGGGCGCAGGAAACGGAAUGCCACCGAACCCC